AUGAUCGUUAUUGACUUCUUUGCUGGAUGUCUAGGAGGAGCUGCCGGUGUCCUCGCCGGACAUCCGUUGGAUACGGUCAAAGUUCGUCUACAAAUGCAACAUGCCAGUUCAAAACUCUACCGCGGCACGUGGCACUGUUUCAGGACGAUCAUCAAGAAGGAGGGUGUCGCCGGCCUCUACAAAGGUGGGUGA